AGGGCAGGAGGGGAGAGAGCAAAGAUGGCGGCGGCGGCUGAAGAGCAGCAGCGGCCGCUGCAGCCGUUCGCGGCCGGGGCUGCCGCUUCGUCGGCGGGCGCUUCCUCCUCCUCGCAAGGGUCGUCUGGAGGGUCCAACCCUCUCUCUCGCAAGCUCCGCAAAGUGCUGGAGACCCGCUUGGAGACGGACAAGGUGGGCGACCAACUGUGGUCAGUCCUGCCGUAUCUGAGAAAUAGGCACCGGUUUUGCGAAUCGGAGCCAUAGGGAAGGCGUCGUUCGUGUGGUUUCUUUUCUCUAGGGUGGUUCUUUAAAAAUGACUGGCUUAGUUGACGGAUUCCCCUUUUCUAGCUGGUUAGUGAACAACAGCGCAGCCCUAACCAGGUCUACUCAGAAGUAAGCCAUGUUGAGCUCAGCGGGGCUCACUCGCAGGCAACGAGGGGUUCAAAUUGAUUAAAUUAUAAAUGAGACUUUUUUUUUUUAAGACUAGACAUCACCAUUGAAAAGGCAGGGAAAUGUAAUGAAGUAGAGAGGGAUCCUUUUUCCCCACAUGUGGAGGUCCUGUAAAGGAAUCAGGGAGUUCUGGGAAGUAAUUUACAAUGAAUUAAAAAGAUAUUUUUUAAAAAAACAAAAACCCCCAGCCCAAGACAACCCUUUUGGGAACGGUAACAAUAGAAGUCCCUAAAAAACAAAAUUAUUAUAUGCCACCACUGUGGCUAGAAUCUUAUUGGCACGGAGAAUGAAUACGGUACCCACCAAGGAAGAGUGGCAGUUUAAAAUGCUUGAAUGAGCUGAAUUGACAGGCGUUACUGAACUGACUGAAUACAUCAGGGGUGUCCAAACUUUUUUCAAAGAGUUGUCCUUUUUUUUAGGAUUUUACCCCAGGAAAUAAACUGCCAUGGAGCCAGGGGCAGGAUUAAACCGAUUAAACCCGUAGUUGAAUGCAUCUCAAGCUGGACUGGUGCCCUAGAAUUGGUCUUCACAAUAGCAGACAGAGUUUAGCUUUACUUGCAAGUAAUUAGUUGAUUGAGUUGACUAUGGCAUAAUUAUAUCAAGUUGAUGUUUAUAUUCAAAAAUAUGUUGAGUAUUUAAUCUAUAUAUUUGCUAUUGUAAACUAUAUUGUAAAGAUAGUUUAGCGUUGUUAAAAUGUGAUUUAUCUGGAAAACUGAAGAUGUUUUCUGUGUCUUCUGAUGUGUGUCCUUUUUUAAAAAAAGUUCAUUUUGUAUAUGAACUGUCAACAUGAUCUUUAUAUAUUUUUAUAGGAGAUGUUAGAAGCACUCAAGGCUCUUUCAGUCUUUUUUGUAGAAAAUAGCCUGCGUACUAGAAGAAAUUUACGUGGAGAUAUGGAACAUCGCAGCUUAGCUAUAAAUGAAGAAUUUGUUCACAUUUUCAAACAAGUGAAAGAGGUAUGCCAUUUUUAUUCAUUAAUUCUCUAAAUGUCCAGCAGGAAGCUGACAGUCAAGGGCCUCUGUAAACCCUGAGGCAAAUAACUGGCUGGUAAUUCCAUUGCUUGGUUCUGUUCCCCUCUACUGUACCUGUCUAAUUUGUGGAGAGAUGAAAGAAGCACACAAGAUAUCACGGGGAAACUGGAUUAGACUUGGUUGUGGCUAAAUAUGUUCAUGUUCAGAAAGCAAAAAACAACCACAUUGGCCAAACAGGGAACUUGUGAAGAUAAUCUUGUUAAGAGUAAGAUGAGAAGUAGAGUGUCUUGUUUCAUGAGUACAUGUUGGGUUGUAGAAAAAAUGCGGACAGCUAUCCUUUUCCUCCACUUUUCUCUAUCAAUGGGUGCCUCUCUUAUAUAUAUAUAUAAUUGAUUUUAACAUAUAAAUUAUAAAAUGUACCACAAAAUUUAUCACUUAUACAAUCUUUUUAGACUUCCAUCAGCACCUCUGAUGAUCCACCGUUUUAACCACUUCUUCCAAUAAUACUCCUCACAAAACUUCUUGCAAACCUACAAAUGUCAUCUGAUCUUCACAAAUACUUUUCAAAUAGUCCGUAAAUUUACUCCAGUCUUCUGUGAAUUUCUGGUCCCGCCGGUUUCGAAUCCUUCCUGUUAGUUUAUCUAAUUCUGCAUAGUCCAUUAACUUCAUCCUCCAUUCUUCAAUCGUCGGUAAUUCUUCUUGCUUCCAUUUUUGGGCCAAUAAUAUUCUUGCUGCUGUUAUUCUCUCACUGGGCACUCUCAUUGGCCACUGUUCAACACCCCCUAUGAGUAUGUUCACAAAAUCUAUAUAAAAUACUACCAGAUCUCCAUUUGCCACCACAAAUUUUCUUUAGAUAUUACUAUUGCUGCCUGCUAUCCUGUACAGACUUACCUGGGAGACAGCUUCAUUAAAGUCAAUGAGUCUUACUCCUGAGUAGACAUGUAUAGAGCAACACCGUUAGUUGUAUCUCUGGAGCUAUCCAGCACUUGUUGGGAAGCACGAAUGCUAAAAGUAUGUAAUGCUUUCUUAUACUGCUGCGCAUCCAGUUUCUCCAACGCUGAAAAACCAAAUCUGGAGCUUCAGGGAGGAAGAAUCAUUGGAUAUUCUUAUCAGUGAUUGUAUCAUACAACAGUGAAGAUUAUGCUUGUUAGGGAAACUGUCCAAUAGUUCUGGUGUUUCAGAAAAUUGGUGGGGGGGGAGAGAAAUGUGGAAAAAGCAAAUUUCAAUAUGAGUGCUAGUGUUUUAGGCUACUUGUCUGUUUCUGUGCUCUUUCAGGAACUUGAAAGCAUAAAUGAAGAUGUGAAGUUUAUGAGCGACUGCUGCCAGCAGAUGACCAAUCACUUGAAGGUAAAGAAUGGAUUUGUGUGCAGAUGUGGUAAUUUCUGGCACACUGGGACUUGGUAGUUUCAACAGCACAGUACUUUCCCCCAGUACAACACAUAGAGAUCACUUUUGAUCCCAGUGUGAAGAUUUCUUUUUUUACAGGGAAUUCUAAGGCACAAAAGGACCCCCUGCAUGAAAAGAGGUCCCCAUUAAUUUCUAUGGUCUGUUUUUGGAGCCUUUCACUGUUCAGGAAUCUACUCCAUCUAGUGAAAUCAAAAGGGCAUUUUGCAUGCAUAAGAGCUCUCUGUGCACAUUAUUCUGAGCUUGUGUGUAUGUAAAUCACCCAGGUUACGUUUCUAAAACACAUUUCCUAUGAAUCAUUAUGAUCAGUUUUCUAUGAAUCAUUAUGAUCAGAUCAUCAAUAUUGUUGUCAGGUUAACGGGGUGGAUAUGUUCUUGUUACAUUUGCCACCUGUCAUGGAUGCUUUUAAGUGAGAUUCCUACAUUUCAGGGGGUUGGGCUAGAUGACCAUUGGGAUCCCUUCCAACUGAACAACUCUAUGAUUUUUAUCCCACCCUUCCUUUAAUGGGUUCCCUUUUUAUCCACACAAGUAUCCUGUGAGGUAGAUUAGGCUCGGAAAGGGUGACUGAUCCAAGUUCAUGUCUUCAGUGAGAAGUUGAACCUGCAUCUCCACAAACCCAAACCAGCACUCUGGUAUACUUGCUACACUUCUGUAUUGCACUGGGCCCUAGUUCUAGUACAGUGGUACCUCGGGUUAUAUACGCUUCAGGUUCAACACUCCGCUAACCCAGAAAUAGUGCUUCAGGUUAAGAACUUUGCUUCAGGAUAAGAACAGAAAUCGUGCCCUGGCGGCAGCAGGAGGCCCCAUUAGCUAAAGUGGUGCUUCAGGUUAAGAACAGUUUCAGGUUAAGAAUGGACCUCCGGAACGAAUUAAGUACUUAACCCAAGGUACCACUGUAUUAGGAAGACAGUACAGUAGACCUGCAACUUAAGCAGAUUUAUUUUGUGCACAUUUACCUGUUUGGAAAGAAAGGGGGGGGGUGAAAGGGCAUCCGAGAAAAGAAACUUUGGCAAUCUCACCCACCAUUGCACCCAGUGUGUUUUGACUAUACACAAUUUUGCCUUUAUGUGCUAUUUCUGGAAUGAAACCACUGUGUAUGUUGCGGGUCUACUGUAAUAACAGGGGUCAGCAAACUUUUUCAGCCGGGGGCCAGUCCACUGUCCCUCAGACCUUGUGGGGGACCAGACUAUAUAUUUUUUGGGGGGGAAUGAAUGAAUUCCUGUGCCCCACAAAUAACCCAGAGAUGCAUUUUAAAUAAAAGCAUGCAUUCUCCUCAUGUAAAAACACGCUGAUUCCCUGGUCUGGAUUUAGAAGGCGAUUGGGCCAGAUCCAGCCCCCAGGCCUUAGUUUGUCUACCCAUAGUAUAUAAAUACAGAAAAUGCAUAUAUUGGGUUCUGCCUUUAAGAAAAAUGUAGCUUUAUUUGUUUCUGAAGCUUAACUGCCCUUCUGUUCACUGUUCUACUGUGCUUAAAUGACUUAUAAUUUGGUUGAAACAGCAAAUGAAAAAGUAGAAAUAUACCGUAAGACCUUAGUGGGGUUUAACUGUAAUUAUUCUGGUCUGUACUCCAGGCAACCAAGGAGCAAACCCAGGAUUUAAUAGAAAAGACAACUAAGCUUCAAGCAGAGAAGUAUGUAUUUGCCCCUUUUGUUAUAUUUAUGUCAAAUUAGAAUGCUUUUCUGGAUUCUCCCACAUUUGUACUGAAUGAAGUCACCUUAGGGCUGUUUCCAGUGGUCAUUUUUAUUAAACUGUUCUUCAGAGAUUUGCCACGGGAUAUGCAUCUUUCCCUUUUUCUAAUCGCAGAAUUUUCAGAAUGAGAGAAUUUCGCGUUAACUCACUUUGCAUAAUAUUCUGUGAGCAUUGAAAGGUCCUCUGAGUAUAGUUUCUGAACUUUAAAGAAGUAUGGUUCUUGGACUUUUCAGUUUCUCAAUAAGAAUGGAUAUCUAUUCAUUACUAUUUAAAGUAGACACGAUAAGUAUCAGGCUAUGUUCAGUAAACUCAGUUAUGCGAUGUAAUUUAAAACAAAUUAGCUCAAUAAUUGAAAUUGCCAAGAAUGCAAAGGAGGGUAGCAAGUCAUUUUUUUUUGUUAGCAGCCCAACAUCUAGCUUUUACUCACUGAGUAAAGGUAAAGGGACCCCUGACCAUUAGGUCCAGUCAUGGCCGACUCUGGGGUUGCGGCGCUCAUCUCGCUUUAUUGGCUGAGGGAGCCGGCGUACAGCUUCCAGGUCAUGUGGCCAGCAUGACUAAGUCACUUCUGGCGAACCAGAGCAGUGCACGGAAACGCCAUUUACCUUCCCGCCGGAGCGGUAACUAUUUAUCUACUUGCACUUUGACGUGCUUUUGAACUGCUAGGUUGGCAGGAGCAGGGACCGGGGAUUCGAACCACCGACCUUCUGAUCGGCAAGUCCUAGGCCCUGUGGUUUAAUCCACAGUGCCACCCGCGUCCCACUCACUGAGUACUGAUAUGUAAAUAUAAAGCUGGUUGAAUGACACUCAAGUAGCAGUUUCUUAAUAUGCUUAAUUUAUUAAGUGGGUAUUAUUUUCCUGCUUGUAUCAUUAUAUUGUUGGAUGAUUCAAUGUAAAUCACCGGGGCUACUUAUUUAAUACACUGAAGUGGCAUAGAUUGCUGGAUGUCUUUCUUCAGUGGAUUAAAAUCCUAUUUCCAGGGUGCUCUCUCCCCCCCACCCCCCAGUGUAAAAAGGUAAAGGUAAAGGACCACUGACAGUUAAGUCCAGUCGCGAACGACUCUGAGGUUGCAGCACACAUCUCGCUUUACUGGCCGAGGUAGCCGACGUUUGUCUGCAGACACGUUUUUCCGGCUAGCAUGACUAAGCCGCUUUUGGUGAAACGAGCAGCGCACAGAAACACUGUUUACCUUCCCGCUGGAGCGGUACCUAUUUAUCUACUUGCACUUUGACGUGCUUUCGAACUGCAAGGUUGGCAGGAGCUGGGACCAAGCAACGGGAGCUCACCCUGUCGCGGGAUUCGAACCGCCAACCUUCCGAUCGGCAAGUCCAAGGCUCAGUGGUUUAGACCACAGCACCACCUGCAUCCCUCCCCCCCCAGUGUAAUUUGUGUAAAAAGCCAGUUGUACCAUUUAUCUGAUCUUACCGCAUUUAUCAUAAUAUCUGAAACUGAUUCUGCUUUCUGGGUCGGAUCCAGAUCUAUGCUCAUUGGAGAUCUGCUUAUGCUGGAAGAAGGGGCCAGGGAUGCGCUGUUCACUUAUUCCUCCUUCCCCCAGUGCCCCCCUGAAAAUCUAUGCACAUGGUUGGGGCACCCUGGAGGGCUGCUGCAGGAAGGAAAAACUGGUGAAUAUUGCCUUCCCACUACCUUCCUGCAAUGAAGAACCUCCAUUGGAUCAUGGUGUCCUCUGUGGACAGACGUAGCUGUUCCUUUCACAGACUGGACGAUCUGGUUCCAACCUAUUAAUAAAUUUCUUCUGUUAUUUCACUUCAAAUAUAGUUUCAUUUACACUUCAACCUCUAUUUUUUCGUUCUAUCUAUAUAUUCCGGGACGAGGGUGGCGCUGUGGGUUACACCACAGAGCCUAGGACUUGCCAAUCAGAAGGUCGGCGGUUCGAAUCCCCACGGCGGGGUGAACUCCCGUUGCUCGGUCCCUGCUCCUGCCAACCUAGCAGUUUGAAAGCACGUCAAAGUGCAAGUAGAUAAAUAGAUACCGCUCUGGUUUGAAGAUAAACGGCAUUUCCAUGCGCUGCUCUGGUUCACCAGAAGCGGCUUAGUCAUGCUGGCCACAUGACCCGGAAGCUGUACGCCGGCUCCCUCGGCCAAUAAAGCAAGAUGAGCGCCGCAACCCCAGAGUCAGCCACGAAUGGACCUAAUAGUCAGGGGUCCCUUUACCUUUACCUGAUGUAUAAGGCUCAUUCAAGACAGUUUCUGGGAGUAUACCCCAUAGAACUCAUUGGGACGUACUUCUGAGUCAACACACAUAUAUGACUGCUAGAAGUAUCCCAUUUUCAAAUUUCAACCUUUUAAUUGCAGCCAAAGGUUAGAACUGAAAGCACAGAUAGCAGAUGCUUUCAUAGCAGAAUUCCAGCUUUCUCCAGAAGAAAUGAAUGUCCUUCGAAGCACAAGAGAUGGGCCUGUUACAGAGGUAAGUACCAUGAGCAUGCACACCGAUAAUAUUCUAGCUUUAGCAGUUGAGGUGGAACCUUUCUGUUCCAUUUACCUUGUUCCUUUCAUAUUGUGCGUUCCCUAUAGCUCCUAAUGUAUCAUAAAGAAUUGUUAAUAUGAUCAAAACCGAGUAUUUAACCCAGACAUUCACCAGCACUUUCGUACUAAAACUCAUGGGCUAAGCAUAUUAAUGCUAGAAUCUGUAAGUUAAGCAUAUUUUUUACUGAAGACUUGUGUUCAUCAGUUAUAUAUUUAAAAAGCCUGUCAAGCAUUCUCUAUAUGCUAAGCCUUACUUCUUCGUUUUGAGUUAUAGGUUAUGAGUUUUUAACUGCUUAUAGGUAUAUUUUUUGUGUUAGUCCCAUAAUUUUGUGUCUGCAUGAUUCCCUGGUCUACCUAUAAAAAAAUCAAAAUACUAUUAGCCAUUUACACACUCUUUUACAACGUGCAUGUACACACACACACACACACACACACAUAUACACACUCUUCUAGUCCUACAAAUAAAAAGGAAGAAAUAAAUCUUCAAAAAGUGAAAAUCCUGGCACACAAAGGUUGUUGAGGUUUUUGACAAAGUUGUUGAGCUUUCUUUAGUUUUGCCCACAGUUGUUGCACUUUUUUUGGUAAAAUCUAAAAAAAGAGUGUGUUUUUGAGCUAUUUUUAAAUGAAAUUUGCCAAAAUCUGCUCUAUUGGCAUGGGCUGCCAUAUGUCCGGUUUUUCCUGGACAUUUCAGUGAUUUCCACCUGGACACUGUUUGCAAGGGCUGAGUACUGGCUGUGUUCACGAAAUUGCAGACAUAUGGCAAACCUGCUUCCUUGAAAGGAUACAAUAUGGCUUAACUCAUAGACCAUGCCUAGUGGUUUUCUUUAAAUGUAGGCAAAAACAUACCUUGAUGCGUAUUUGGAGAAAUUAUGUUUGGGAUGGUGGUUGUGAAGUAAAACUCUUGUUUUAGUAUUAAUAAUAGUAUUGCAUUGUUUAGCAUUGAGAUCUUGCCUAUCCUCCCACUAGAAAUUCCUUUAACUGCAAAGUUUGUGGCCUAUAGUAUAAUGAUCUGGGAAUAUUUCUGUGUGGACAGUUUGCUUUAAUAAAAUACCAGUGACUUUCAAUCUUGUGUUUCCUAGGACUUUUUUAAGGUAUUGGGCAGAGUAAAACAAAUUCACAACGAUGUCAAGAUUCUUCUGCGCACAAACCAGCAGAGAUCAGGGUGAGUUCUCACCGAAAAACUACAAAGCAAUGGCUGAAGUAGUAGUCAUCAUUCAGUUUAAGCUGUAUAAAGUGGGCUGUGAAUAUAUUUGGAACAGGGAAAUAGCUCUAAAGAUUAUUAUGUGUUUAAAGAUUUUUUUAUUUUCAUAAAAAACUUAUUAAAAGCAUUUAAUUGUUUUAAAUUUGCAGCCUAGAAAUUAUGGAACAGAUGGCUUUGCUUCAAGAGACUGCUUAUGAGCAGCUUUACCGAUGGGCUCAAGGUACCUUAGUUUUUUUGGAUAAUCCUUUUUCUUGAAAAGAUGCUUAUUUAAAGAAUGUUAGCAGUGCUUGAUAUUAACCACAAGGUGGCAGUCUUGGAACACCUACCAAAUUCUAUAGCCUCAACUUAUUCAUUAUACUCAUGUUUAAUCCUGGGAUAUAUAUAUAUUUUGUUAAUGUGUAAGAUUAGCCAGUACUAUUUGGUGCACCAAAAUCAUUAUGGUUUAUAGAAACAUUUAUUUUACUGUAUUUAUAUAUAUUUUUUCAGGAGGACCUUGCAUGCAUAUAAUUACAUAAAAUUAUUAAAACAAUAAGCACCAACAACUACACAAUAAAACAAAACAGACAAAUGGGAGGUCUUCGCUGCGGGAUCACAUUCACCCAGUGCUAUACCAGCUGCACUGGCUCCCGGUGGAGUACAGGAUCAGGUUUAAGGUGCUGGUUUUAACCUUUAAAGCCCUAUACGGCGUAGGACCCUCAUACCUACAGGACUGCCUCUCCUGGUAUGUCCCACGGAGGACCUUACGGUCUUCAAACAAAAACAUCUUGGAGAUCCCGGGCCACAGAGAGGUUAGGCUGGCCUCAACCAGAGCCAGGGCUUUUUCGGCUGUGGCUCCGAUCUGGUGGAACACUCUGUCACAAGAGACUAGGGCCCUGCGGGACUUGACAUCUUUCCGCAGGGCCUGCAAGACAGAGCUGUUCCACCAGGCCUUUGGCCAGGGCACAGCCUGACCCCCUCCUUUGGUAAUCCUCAGAGAACUCUAGCCCAAUGGUUGCCAUUAAUCUGAUUUGAGCUGAUUUUAUAAUGAAAUGAUUUUAGAAUGUUGUAUAUUUUACUUUUGUUAGCCACUCUGAGCCCUGCUUCGGCUGGGGAGGGCGGGCUAUAAAUAAAAUUUUAUUGUUGUUGUUGUUAUUAUUAUUAUUAUUAUUAUUAUUAUUAUUAUUAAAUGUUUGCAGUCAGCCUAGCAAUACCAACUGCAUCAGCAUUAUCUCUUCUCGUUCUCCUAUCUUUCAGCCACCCACCCCACUACAGGAGUAGGUUAAUUUUAUAACAGGAAUGUUUUAAUAAUAAUAAAAUUUAUUACGGUCCCAGACCAGAUUCACAUACCGUACUACGCAAACAUAAAACACAGUAGAAUAAAGUUUGAAUUGACAAUCGAAUAUGACAAUAAACAAUACGAAUAUGACAGCCUUUAGAAAUGUGGUUUAGGUUUUAGUCUCUAAAAUAUUAUCUAGAGUUUGCCUCUGAGGUCUUAGUCUUUGUAAUAGCACAGCUUGUUCCCUGAGUUUUAUGGCAGCUGGAAUGUUGGAAUGUUUUAAUGUUCUAAUAUUUUAAGCUCCCUUAUUAGCCCCUAGGCAUCCUGAUUCAAGACCUGCUGAUUUGGAAAUAACCACGUAUGUCUCAAAAUGACAGCCCUGGGCAGGACUUAGGAGUUUAGUCUCCUAGGCCUUGAGAUGAGGAACUUUUAAAAUACUGUAUUUUUCGCUCUAUAAGACGCACCCGUCCAUAAAACGCACCUAGUUUUAGAGGAGGAAACAAGAAAAAAACAUUCUCUCCCUCUUCAGCGAAGUGGCAGGAGAAACGGAAGGGGCUCUUUGCUGAAGGGGUGCUGCUCAGCUUUCCCUCUGCGCAGCGCCUCUCCAGCAGAGCAAAGUCGGAACAGCAAGAGGGAUCGCUGUGCAGGGAAAGCAGUGAUCCGUCUUGCUGUUCUGGCUUCUGGGAUAGCCGUGCCAAGCCUCUUCAGGCUCUUUGCAAUGCAAAGCCUCUUGAGCGCAGUGGGAGGAGUGCUCCAGCUGUGCUCAGGAGGCUUUGCGUGGCUAUUGCUGAAGCCAGGAGAACAAGAGGGAUCGGUCUACACAGCGAAAGCUGUGUAGCCUGCAUUCGCUCCAUAAGACACACACACAUUUCCCCUUACUUUUUAGGAGGGGAAAAGUGCGUCUUAUAGAGCGAAAAAUACGGUAAGCGUUUUAGUUACAAAUAGGAUUGCAACAACUUUCGUUUAUUAUUUUUAGAACGCUGUAAAGAUUAGAAACAUUGCUUACUAUUGGCCUGAUCUUUUCUUCGUUGCAGGCGAAUGCAGAACUUUAACCCAAGAAUCCUGUGACAUUUCUCCAGUUCUAGCUCAAGCAAUGGAAGCUUUGCAGGACAGGGCCGUUCUCUAUAAGUAUGUUGCCUAUCUUAGUCGCAGAACAUAAUGUCACCAAGAUUAAUAUUCUGGGGGCUUCAGCCUUCUGACCACAAGCUAGCUUAAAAAGUUCAUUCAUUGUGGAAUUGAAUAUUUCAAGGCGUGGGACUUUCACUCCACUCUACAUCUUUUGUGCUAAAAAUUUGGGAUAACUACCUAUCAAAUCAAAACAGGGAACAUGUUAUGUUAUGAUGUUAUGACUUUCCUUUUUUCAGCAGCAGUUGACUGAUUUUUAAGGAAUGUUAGCAGUGCUUGAUAUUAACCAAAAGGUGACAGUCUUGGAACACCUACCAAAUUCUAUAGCGGGCGUAGGCAGACUCGGCCCUCUAGAUGUUUUGGGACUACAACUCCCAUGAUCCCUAGCUAGCAGGACCAGUGGUCAGGGAUGAUGGGAGUUGUAGUCCGCAAACAUCUGGAGGGCCGAGUUUGCCUAUGCCUGUUCUAUAGCAUCAACUUUCUUUUCGUUUAAUGAAAUGCCUUGCUGAAAUACAUCCUAAUAUUAUUUCUACAUUUUUAUGUCUUUAUAACACAAAGGCACAGUUCACAUGUAACAUCAGACUCUGAUUUAGUGCUGGUUGGAUGAACUUCAGCAAGCUGAAGCAGAACAUCAGAUUCAUGUACUCCCUUUGCCUUCUCUACCCCCCCUUGCCCCCCGCCCCCCAAAUAAAAUAGCUGGGAGGAGAAUCUCUGGAAAGUUUGGUUUCAGUUUCAAGAAUCUGAACUUAGCAUUACAUUCAAGGGAUCCUGGUUUAAAGAAUAAUACAGUGGUACCUCUGGUUAUGUACUUAAUUCGUUCCGGUGGUCUGUUCUUAACCUGAAACUGUUCUUAACCUGAAGCACCACUUUAGCUAAUGGGGCCUCCUUCUGCUGCCACUGCGCCGCCAGAGCACGAUUUCUGUUCUCAUCCUGAAGCAAAGUUCUUAACCCGAGGUACUAUCUCUGGGUUAGCGGAGUCUGUAUCCUGAAGCGUAUGUAACCUGAAGCGUAUGUAACCCGAGGUACCACUGUAGAAUCAUAGCGCUGGAAGGGGCCCUGACGAUCAUCUGGUCCAACCCCUUGCAAUGCAGGAAUAUGCAGCUGUCUGUUACGGGGAUCAAACCUGCAACUUUGGCACUAUCAGCACCACACCCUGACCAACUGCGCUAUACCCCUGUUAGCAAACCUAUUUUCAUAAUAAACCAGCUUCAAACCAUGGGUUUAAACAAGGAUCCCUGAUUGAAACCUAAUGCUAAACUGGUGUCAGGCAGGCUUAAUUCGGCCCAUGUGUUGCAGGCCACCCCCUUAAAAAAAACCCCUGCCACCAAUAUAAUACAGUGGUACCUUGAUUUACAAACUUAAUCCGUUCCGAAAUUCCAUUCUUAAACCAAAGCAUUCUUAAACUAAGGCAUGUUUUUCUAUAACAGCAGGGGGACUCAAUUUACAAAUGGAACACACUCAGCAGGAAGCGGAACAUGUUCUGCUUCCAAGGCAAAGUUCACAAACCAAAACACCUACUUCUUGGUUUGCAGCGUUCUUAAUCCAAGUUGUUCAUAAACUAAGCUGUUCUUAAACCAAAGUACCACUGUAGUUGCUUAUAUUCCCGUAUUUUCUAGCUUAGGUGGUCAUUUCCCAUCUGGAACCGCAGAUGAUUAGCUCAUCCACACAGAAUUUAUUCAGGGAACCUAUUGUCUUUUGAAACAAACCACCAGUUCCUGUGUUGGGAGGCUGAGGCAUGGUACCGACCAAUUUCCCGCCGUGAAAAGUAUUUUCAGAGCUCAAGUGGUGAAUUAUUCAGACAGCUUAUUUCUGUGCAUAGCAUACUUACCAUAUUUUUCGCUCCAUAAGACACACUUUUUUCUUCCUAAAAAGUAAGGGGAAAUGUCUGUGCGUCUUAUGGAGCUAAUGUGUGGUUCCUGGAGCCGAAUUGCCCAGGGGGAAAAAGCAGAUCAUGCUUUUUUUAAAAAAAAAAAAGAAAAAGAGGGAAGUGGGUGUUGAAACAAAACCACUGAUCGUUUGCCGAUCGGGGAGAUAGAUAAGGGACACUAGAGAUAAAGGAGGCUGCCUGGGAGGGGGGAGGUAAAGACAGCAGACUUGCAAAAGAGGGAAACAGGAAGACUAAAGCAAUAAGGAGAGAAAUUAGAAGAAAAGGAGGAGCAAAAAAACUGCUCCAGCUAAGGAAAAGACACUAAGGCAAACAAGAGGGAAGGGAGUGUUGAAAGGAAACAGCUGAUCAGUGGGAUCAGAUGAGAGAUAAAGGAUGCUAGUGGAGGCUGCCUGGGAGGGAGGAGGUAAAAUCCCAUGGAUCCUCAGGAUUUUUACAUUGGGUCACCCCAAAUUCACUAUCAGAUCACAUAGCAUGUCCAUGGCUACAGCCUGCACCAAAAAAAUCACACAUCCACUGUUUCCUGGGGCUGCAAUGGAGCAAAAAUGUGGUUACAAAGCACGGAUCCACAUGGAUCCUCAGGAUUUUUGCAUUGGGUCACCCCAAAUUCACCAUCAGAUCACAUGUCUGUGGCCACAGCAAGAACCACAAAAAUCAUACAUCCACUGUUUCGUUCAAAAUAUUUUUUUUCUUGUUUUCCUCCUCUAAAAACUAGGUGCGUCUUAUGGUAAGGUGCGUCUUAUGGAGCGAAAAAUGCGGUACAUUCCCAUAAAGCAAGGCACCUUAAUGAUUGUAAUGGCAGUAUAAAGCACAUGCAUUUUAAUAAAGUGCCCCUUCAUUUCCACUGCAGAUACACUCUUGAUGAGUUUGCAACAGCCAGAAGAAGUGCUGUGGUCCGUGGUUUUAUCGAUGCUCUUACUAGAGGAGGUCCAGGAGGAACCCCCCGGCCUAUCGAAAUGCAUUCCCACGAUCCUCUGAGGUACAGCAGUCACGGAAGCGUACACUGCAUGGUGGUUUUGCUGCCAGAAUAACCAUUUAAUGCAGCAGGAUGUUUUGGUUUUUGGUUUUAGAUAUGUAGGAGACAUGUUGGCUUGGCUGCAUCAGGCUACUGCUUCAGAAAAAGAGCAUCUGGAAGCCCUGUUAAAACAUAUCACUACUGAAGGUAUUGCUCAAUUUCAGGAAAUGUGUGUUUUAAAUCAGUUUUUAUUAGUUCUCAUACAUAUAUCACACAUUUUUCAACUUAACCAAACAAUCGUUUUGUAAAUUCCCCUCUCCCCCCUGGCUUCCCUCCAUUUCCAUUUCUGGUUUGUUAAACCGCUUGUUGCAUUCUGCUGCUUCUAUAUAGUAGUAUAUUAUCACGUUGUUGUCUUUCUUGUUCUCUCUAAUUACAUUGUAUAUGUUUAUUUAAACCCUGCCAUAGAGUCCAUACUUUUACUUUGUUUCUGCAAGUAUGUUACAAAAGGUUCCCAUUCUUUUCCAAAGCCACCAUUAUCUUUUCCACGCAGUUUAUCUGUCAAUUUUGCUAAUUCUGCAUAUUCCAUCAACUUUUCAUGCCAUUGUUCUUUGGAUGGUAUUUCUCCCAUCUUCCAGUUUCGUGCUAUUAAAAUUCUUGCUGCUGUUGUCGCAUACAUAAAUAGUGUCCUCAAUUCUUUCUUCACAUCUUGUCCUAAAAUACCCAGCAGAAAAGCUUUUGGUUUCUUUACAAAUGUUAUUUUAAACCUUUUUUUCAAUUCGUUAUAGAUCAUUUCCCAAUAAUUUUUUACAAUCUUACAUUCCCACCACAUAGGAAAUGUGUAUUUGGAAUCUCCAGGGAAAGAUGUAGGUGGCGAUAAACAUCUGCCAGUGUACUUCAGCAGACAUUUGUUCUGUGUAACUGGGGUAUGGGGGCAUGGAGGAUUGUAAAAAAAGCAUUGGCAAGUCCAAGGUGCACACAGAGAAAUGUGGAAAGUAAAUGAGUUGGAUUUGGGCGGUUUUACAUACAUAAUCAUUUUAUUUGUGUAUUGACUUUCCAUAAUUAUAACCAUGCUCAAGGCAGCUUAUAGCAUGAGGGGAAAAGAUACACAAUUCUCACAAAAUCUGUGAUGUGUUAGAGUUGCCUAGGUGUGACUUUUUUCAAGGGAGUGUGUGGUAAUGGGAAGCAUGGUUGCUGAAAUACCUCUGAAUAACUCUCGCUGUGUUUCCUUUCAGGAGUGGAAAAAAAUAUGCAAGAAGUGAUUGGACACAUCACAGAAGGCGUUUGCCGGCCUCUGAAGGUGGGUGGAGCAUGUUGGUUUAUGUGUGCCCUUGGAAUAGGUAAAGGGACCCCUGACCAUUAGGUCCAGUCAUGGCCGACUCUGGGGUUGCGGCGCUCAUCUCACUUUAUUGGCUGAGGGAGACGGUGUUUGUCCGCAGACAGCUUCCGGGUCAUGUGGCCAGCAUGACUAAGCCGCUUCUGGCGAACCAGAGCAGUGCACGGAAAUGCCGUUUACCUUCCGGCCAGAGUGGUACCUAUUUAUCUACUUGCACUUUGACGUGGUUUCGAGCUGCUAGGUUGGCAGGAGCAGGGACCGAGCAACGGGAGCUCACCCCGUUGCGGGGAUUUGAACCGCCGACCUUCUGAUCGGCAAGUCCUAGGUUUUGUGGUUUAACCCACAGUGCCACCCGCGUCCCCAUUGGAAUAAGACUGCAUUUAUUAACAGGGUGCAUUUUCCCAUAUAGUCCUAUAAACAAAGAGUGGAAAAAGCAAGAAAAAGCAGGACAAAACUUGUUGGAAACUUGUCCGUUGUUCUCGUUAUAUAUUUCAUCAAAACAAUACUGGCUUCUUAUUUCCCUAAAUUAUUUUGUCAUGAUGAAUUUUCCAACCUCAUUUGAAGCAAAACUUUUAUCGUUUCGUACCUCAAGUUACUGGUCCCAGAAAAACAGGCAUGAUUAAUGGGAGGGCCAAGACUGCAGCCCUGGUUUCCUGCUGCUGAAUACUGGGAUGGGGCAGGGGCAGGAUGAGGGCAUCAGCAGAACCAAUCCAGCAGUUCUGCUGCCGCACCCAUACCUCCCAACCCCCACCCCACCCCUAAUGUCUUACCUGCUUGAAGACAACAUAAAAAAGGUAAAGGGACCCCUGAACAUUAGGUCCAGUCGUGGCCAACUCUGGGGUUGCGGCGCUCAUCUCGCUUUAUUGGCCGAGGGAGCCAGCGUACAGUGUCCGGGUCAUGUGGCCAGCAUGACUAAGCUGCUUCUGGAGAACCAGAACAACGCACGGAAACACCGUUUACCUUCCCGCCGGAGCGGUACCUAUUUAUCUACUUGCACUUUGACAUGCUUUCGAACUGCUAGGUUGGCAGGAGCAGGGACCAAGCAACGGGAGCUCACCCCGUCGCGGGGAUUCGAACCGCCGACCUUCUGAUCGGCAAGUCCUAGGCUCUGUGGUUUAACACAUAGCGACACCCGCAUCCCUUUUGAAGACAACAUAGACAUUGUCUUCAUAAUGGGAUGUGAAAGAUUUCUGCAUAACUAAUGUUUGUGUCAAUCUGUUUUCUCAGGUUAGGAUUGAACAGGUGAUCGUAGCCGAACCAGGAGCAGUCCUGUUGUAUAAAAUUUCUAAUCUUCUCAAAUUUUACCACCACACCAUCAGGUAAACGGAAACAAAAGAGAAAAGCAAAUUCCUUACUUUGCAUUACAGUGUUUAGAAUUUAGAGUUGGUUUUGCGUUGAGGAGGAAAAUAACAAAGUCCUAGUACUGCUUUUAGUAAGUAAGAAAUCUUAAUUUUAUUAAAAAGAUAAUCUCUAUACUAUUUAUAACUUGUAUUUGGAAAAAAAUAUUCUGAUGUUAUCACAACAAAACCCUUUCGAUGUGCUUUCAAUUCACUUUGCUCCUUCUUUAAAAUUACAUCCUUGGACUCCUGCCCUCUUCAAGCAAUGAUAGUACCAUUAUGCUCAGCUUCCGAGGCAACCAGUCGGACCAUAAUUGGCCAUUAGAAAAAGCAUCCUUUUGCAAAACGCUCAGCUUUGAAGUUGUCCUGCUUUUCCAGUUUUCCUGCAGAAUUUCCAAAAGGAGACUAGAAUCACGUCAGUUCACUUUACUUCAAAGCCAUGUAUUCAUUGAUGAGAGCAAGUACAUGUUCCACAUCGUAAAGGAUAUUAAACCAGCUGUUGUACAUAAGGGAUAUUAGUUAUGGAACUCAAUAAUAUCAGCAUCUAGCAGAGCCAUAGGAAGCCUCGGGCCCUCCAUAUGUUGUAAGAUUGCAUCUCCAUUCAGCUCCAAGCAACAUAGCCAGUAGUCAGGGAUGAUAGUAAUAAUCCAACAACAUUUGGAAGGCCACACGCUUCCCACUCCUCAGAGUUUCAUGGCCUCUUGCCUUUUAAAGGUAAACUGACCCCUGACUGUUAGGUCCAGUUGCGGAUGACCCUGGGGUUGCAGCGCUCAUCUCGCUUUAUUGGCCGAGGGAGCCGGCGUACAGCUUCCAGGUCAUGUGGCCAGCAUGACUAAGCAGUGCACGGAAAUGCCGUUUACCUUCCCGCUGGAGCGGUACCUAUUUAUCUACUUGCACUUUGACGUGCUUUCGAACUGCUAGGUUGGCAGGAGCAGGGACCGAGCAACGGGAGCUCACUCCGUCGCGGGGAUUCGAACUGCCGACCUUCUGAUCGGCAAGCCCUAGGCUCUGUGGUUUAGACCACAGCGCCACCCGUGUCUCCUCUUGCUUUUAGAGAACGCCUAAAAGCACCAGGCAGUAUAUAGGUUUCCUUUACUUACUUUUUCAGAAGACAUUUUGUAGCAUUUUAAGUAUCAUUUUGUGAUACUUUUUCAGAAGACAUUUUGUAGCAUUUUAUUGGGCUAAAUAGCUGGACUUUGAUAUACAGUGGUGCCCCGCAAGACGAAUGCCUCGCAAGACGGAAAAACCGCUAGACGAAAGGGUUUUCCGUUUUGAAGUUGCUUCGCAGGACGAAUUCCCCUAUGGGCUUGCUUCGCAAGACGAAAAUAUCUUGCGAGUCUAGAGAUUUUUUUCGCUUUUCCCCUUUAUCUAAUCUGCUAAGCCUUUAAUAGCCUUUAAUAGCCUUUUAGCAGCUAAUCCCCUAAGCCUUUAAGCCUUUAAUAGCCGCUAAACCGCUAAUAGCGCUAAUAGCGCUAAUCCGUCAAUGGGCUUGCUUCGCAAGACGAAAAAACCGCUAGACGAAGACUCUCGCGGAACGGAUUAAUUUCGUCUUGCGAGGCACCACUGUACAGUAUGUCUGCUUUGGUUAUCGUGAAAUUUCUUACUGCCUCUCUUUCUCUCUCCCAAUUUCCAGUAAUAUUGUGGGGAACACCGCAGCCAUGCUGUUAACUACAAUGGAAGAGAUGCAUGACUUGAGUAAAAAGAUAUUCUUCAACAGUUUGAGCCUUCAUGCAAGCAAACUGAUGGAUAAGGUCUGUUUCAGGGGUUAGUCAACUCUCUCUCCCUUCCCUACUUCUGCAGUUGUAGGUUCUGUAGCAUUGUCAGUGGACCCUCUGUGCAGGUAUCAAGCUUGGAAGUCCAGGUUCUGUACUAUCGAAGUGAUUGCCAACCUUGCUGUUGGCUUUUGCAUUUCAUCUGUGCACCGCUGCCUUCUUAGCACCAUGUGAAACUCCGUUGUCCAUCAACACCCUUCGCCGCCAAGUCCCGCCUAUGCUGCUCACCAGACUUCUCUGCCCUUUCCUCGUUCUUCACCUUCCCCCUCCCACUGACCAAUGCCGUUUACUUCAGUGCCACCUCAAAUCUGGCGCUUAAAGCCUUUUGCACUAAAAGAAGUGGAACGAGGCCACUGAGUGUCAAACUUAGUAUACUUUGCUAAGGAACACCUACCUGAAAUGAAAGCAGGUCAACAAAUCAGUAAACUCGCACUGCAUUUAUUUGCAUUGGGACACGAAAGAGAAAAGGUUGCCAGUUAUUAUUCUCUAACUGUUACUACUCAGAGCUCAUACAUUCUGGUGUAGUCUGUCACUGCUACGCUAUGUUGACACUUGGGAUCAUAGUUGCUGUUACCACCAUUGCUGGUCCACAGUGGUCACUAUGAAAAUCCAGCAAGGUUUUUACGGCAGUGGUCUAGUGUGCAAGGUGUUUCUCAGUUUUGUCCUGGUGCGAGCACCAGAAAUCAAGGCAGGAGGUAGGGAGAAUCCUUCGCCCUUUCGUAGUCCUCUGUUUUUGGCCCUGAUACGCAAAAGAAAGCUGAGUCAGUGUACUGGAUUUCUUGCUACUUGCCCUCGUCCCUGCAUGCGCUCCCCGGCACCUGCUCCCUUUUUGAGGCAUAACUACCGUAUUUUUUGCUCCAUAAGACGCUCCUAGUUUUUAGAGGAGGAAAGGGGGAAAGCCCCACUUUUUUGAGGAUCAGCUCAAAGUUGUGCAGCUUCUUUUGCAAAGGGGAAAAAUCCUGUUUUUAUGGGGUUCAACUCACAGUUCUGCAGCUUCUUUAGGAAAGGAAAGGGAGCCGUUUCUACAGUUUCCAGACAGAUAAUCUAAUCAGCCAGUCACAUGUCGCUGGGGAAACAAACAGCCUCUGCCUGCAGAACAUUCAACAAUGGAGGCCUGGGCAAGGGACUUGGGCCAGAAAGGGAGCCUGCGAUUGACCACGCAUUCGCUCCAUAAGGCACACAGACAUUUCCCCUUUUUAGAAGGAAAAAAGUGUGUCUUAUGGAGCGAAAAAUACAGUACAUUUCAGAUGGUUCAGUUGUUAGCUGCUUCUAGUUGCUGAGGGUCCUGGUGACCACCCACGAGCUUCUCAGAGUACAGUGUUUUCAUAGGGAGUCUCACGGCAGAUCAGCCAAUUUUAAGGAACGGUUUUAGGCUUGCAGUAGACACGUGUGUGGUGCACAAUUCCGCCAGGACAAUUUCCUACAUUAAAAAAUUGGCCAAGUGUGGCUCUUCACCAGUUCACGUGCAUCUCCUCAGCUAAGAAAUUCACACAGAUUUUGUUGAUGGGCUGUUCAGGAUAACAGAGCAGUUCUCAUAUGCACUGUGGACAGAGAGCUGUGGUUUUCACUCUCCCAGCAUCUGAAAGUAAGGUUGAACAAACACCAGGCCCACACGUCAGAACGAGACCUUGGCUGGAAAAAAAAAGAAGAGGAUCUUUGCUGGUGGUAAACAAUGCAAAGGGAUUAGGUUGUAACGGAGCUAUGGAAGGCAGAGGGGCUGGAUGUGGCUCUCGCCCCUUUGAAGGGAUGCCACCAUGGAAUGGACAGACGUCUGAUACAUGGUAUAGUACACUGAUGUGCUUCCUGUAUGUUGUCAGGCCCACAACAUGCUCUUGAUAUAGGGAGUUUCCAAGCUCUUUACAUAGCAAGAUUCAUGAUGCUCAUUUUAAAUCAAUCAUCCAUCCAGUUAGGACUUUCGUGUGCAUGCACACUUCUUCAGAUACACUGAAACAGAAGUCACCAGACCGUUAUAUAUAGUGGGAGGGUGGGGUUAGGUUUUUCUCAGAAGGGGAGUACAGUGGUACCUCAGGUUAAGUACUUAAUUCGUUCCGGAGGUCCGUUCUUAACCUGAAACUAUUCUUAACCUGAAGCACCACUUUAGCUAAUGGAGCCUCCCGCUGCCGCUGCACCACCGGAGCAUGAUUUUUGUUCUCAGCCUGAGGCAAAACCUGAAAUCCUGUUCUUAACCUGAAGCACUAUUUCUGGGUUAGCAGAGUGUAACCUGAAGCGUAUGUAACCUGAGGUACCACUGUAGGAGAUGGGUGAUUGACUCAAUGGGUAUUGUAAACCUGUUGACAACUGUUGACUGCAAUUAGUCCUACAGGAAAAAGCAAGGGAUAGUAUGCAGAUGACCAAAAAUAGCUUUAGCAUAUGUAAUGAGACAAGAAUCCAUUAUCUCUAUUCAGACCAGGUCUCUCCAUAGUUUUCAGUUAAGUAAUGUUGUAAUUUGUUUUGUAGGUUGAACUGCCGCCUGCGGAUCUUGGCCCAAGCUCUGCACUGACUCAGACCCUUGCUCUGCUGCGGGAGGUUCUAGCAUCGCACGACUCUUGCGUCAUCCCUUUGGAUACCCGCCAAGCUGACUUUGGGCAGGUAAAUUUGGUUGAAAUUGCAAGGAGCCACAGCAGCUUGAGGGAAGGGCUUUGGGGGGAUGGGAUGACAGAAACCGUGAUUCAGACAAUUAAAUUCCACCCUAGGUUUCCCAAUGGAAAAAGAGGAGAAACACUGCUGGAUCCGUGGCAGUUUCUAAUUAUAGCAGAAGUGGCAUUGUUCCGCGUAGAUCAGGAUCAAGAAUAGACAGUGGUGAGCAGCUCCUGCAGUUGUGUCUGGGGCUCUCCUGCGAGAGAAAACAUUGUUUUAUGUUUGGCAGCAGAGAUGUCUAACAAUGUCACAUGGAUAGAUCAUGUGACCUAGCCCCCACCUCGUUGAGUGCUGAAGACUCCUCCUCUCUCAAUUAUUCUCUGUUUUUGCACAGGGCAGGUCUUCUUGCUGGCUAUCCCUUGACCUCAGGCCUUACCUUUUCCUGUUUACCUCAUUUUAAGCGCCAUCUUCGCUGUUUCUCUUUUUUUAAAAAAAAGAUAUUUAUUGAGAUUUUCAAAAUAUUACAAAAAAGAGAAAAAAUAAAAUAGAGGCAGAAGAGAGUACAAAGGAUAAAAAUAAUUGACAAAAUAGAAAAAAAACGAAAAAAAACCCCAACCCCUUCCCACCAUAUACGAAAAAAUUCCAAAUGAGAAAAAAUGACAGAAAAAAAGAAUGCAAAAAUCACAAAACUUUAAAAACAUUUAAAAACAAAUUCAUUAUUUUCAAAUCCUUAACUGCCAUUACCUUCUUUCUUAGACCUCCUCCUCCUCCCUUUCUUUGUAUCCUAGUUAUUAAUUAUCCCAGCAAAUCCUUGACCUUAUCUUUCUAUAAUAAAAUAAACCUUAAAACUUAAAACUUAAAUCUUAUCCUUACCAACUUCUCAUAGUCAUAAUAUUCUUUCAUAAUUCUUUAAACAUCUUUGCUAAAGCCAAGUAAUUUCAUUCCAACAUUUUUCUAUCAUUCAUCAAUGUUAUAAAACAGUUCUAAUGGUAGAAAAAAGAGGUAUAAACAGAUCCAAUCUUCAUCCAGCGUCCCUUCCUCCUGGUUCCGGGUUUUGUCAGUCCUUAUUCCCGUCAAUCUAGCCCAUUAACUUGGCAACCUUAUGUCCGAGGCCCUCAAGUCUCUUCCAUGACCCUUCCGCGGCUCUUCUUCAUAUUUGUAACUGUAUUUUCCCUUGUCUCCUGCUCGUGGUAACUCCAGCUUGACAAUGUUUUUAACCCUUCUCAACAGAUCAGCCCCUUUUACAUGUUCAACAAUGAAUUCCAUGUAGUAUUUAAAAGCAUGUUUCAAAGGCCCUCCAAAAUUGAGAGCCCCCACAGUCCCAAACAUCUCACGGCCCGUUGCCAUAUUUGAAAAGUCCAAACAUCCCAGCAUAGGGGGGUCAAUCCAGCCCCCCAUUUCCAAACCAAGCCAAACUUUUCCUUUCCAGAUAUGGCUAUUUCCAAGUUCAUUUGUCAAAUCCAAAACAAUCAUAUUCCUGUUGGGCCUGUUCUGUCAAAACACACUCCUGAUUUAAUGUCAAAAACUCCUGUUCUGUCAAGACACACUCCUGAUUUAAAUCCUGAGUGGGCUCCACAUAUUUUCCCACUGUCUGUUCAAAGUUUCCCACUGCCUGUUCAAAGUUUCUAGUCGAAGUUGCCAUCCAAUUCACCUUCUCGUGUAAUUGUUCCAGUAGGUCGUUUGUUUUAUAGAGAGCAUACAACAAGGCUUCUGAAUACAUUGUCCUACAAGGUAGAUACUUGUUCCCACGGUUGUAAUCUGUAACAGCUGUCGACUCCCUGGAGUUAGUUACAGUUUCACAGUUACAAUUUCACAGACUCCCUCUAGGGGGAAGACUUCUAUUUAUUCUUGCAACAAAGUUUCCUUUUCUAAGAUACUUUGUCCAUAUAUAAUCCUUUAAAAUGCGAAAGGGAACAGUGGAAUCACUAGGUUUCUCUUCUUUUAGCCAUCUGUCAAAAACACUUGUCUUUGGUUAAUGAACUUCACACGUCAGUCCUGACAGCCCGCUCCAGGAUCAGGACGGAGGAAAGUUACUUCACUUUAAAGUCACUUUAAACAGUCCAAAAAGAUCCCCCCCUUCUCCUGCUGUCGAAGGGGGGUUCCACAAUUUUAAAUGGUGAAAUCCAAUCUUUUAAAAGCGAUUUCCUGAGCUCUAGUUUAAAUUGCCUUUGCUUUAUUCUGUUUACAAAAGAGCGGAAGGAUGAUUUCCUGUUUAGACCUUCCCGUUCCGUACCAAAUUCAAGUAAAUUUUUAAAGUCCGAUUCUUUCCUACUCGCAAGUCCUUAUUUGAUGUUCAAUUGUUCAAAGUCUAAGCACUCACGGGUGCUUAUUUUAAAGUCCAAAUUGUCCCAGGAAAAAGGCAGCGCUCUCCGGCAACAGCUAUGCGGCUUCGCUCCACGGAAAUAGCAGUUGACCCACAGCACCGCGCCACUUCCCCCUCUUCACUUCGGAGCCCGUUAGUGGGUUCCUUAGCGGGUUGGGGGGGCGCUAAAGGUGCCCGCCGAGUCCCAUGGUCACAGGCUUCAUUCGCCUGUGAUUUUUAAGUGGGUCCCCGCUUCGCCGUAGCGGAAAAGACCCGUUUUCCGCGGAGCUAGUCCCUCCAGUUCAGAGGGAGUCCGCCAUUGCCGGUGGCGCCACCCCGGAAGUCUCAUCUUCGCUGUUUCUCUUCUGAGCAGUCUCAGCUUUAUUCUGUGGCCCUGUGACGUGACCCUGAGCUUGGAUGUCCACUACGCAAGGCACCCCAGACAGUUGCUUGUUGCGUGUUGCAUUGAAAACCAGGGAGCUGCAGCCUGCCUUGUUGCUGUGCUUCUCCUGAUAGGAAGCUGUUGGAACGUUUGGUUUAAAUAUCCAUCUUCCUUGUAAUUCGAACCUGCCUUUUUCUCAGAGCAAGGUUUGGACAUCAUAAGCAAGCAUCACCAAUUGCCUAAGCUGUUGCAUCUGCAUCAGGCUGGCAGUGACUUGCGCAACUUCCCUGUGCAACAUCCUUUUCAGACUUUUAACAAGCCAGCUGACUGUGCAGUAGACAGCGCAAGUGGCUGGCAAUGCUUCUUUGUAGCGCCUGAAGCUCCUUUCGGAGGCAAAUGCUGUUCCCCCUGUUUCAGCCUCAUUCCUCCGCUUUGGGAGAUGUAGAGAAAGGGGAAUGGAUAAGAAUUCUCACCAGUUACAGCAUUUUUUGCACGCUCUUCUUCCUCUUAGGUUCUCUCUUGUGUGCUGGAUCCCCUGUUGCAGAUGUGUACUGUGUCUGCCAGUAACUUGGGGUCUGCUGACAUGGCAACUUUCAUGGUGAAUUCGCUUCAUAUGAUGAAGACAACGCUGGCUCUGUUUGAAUUCACAGAUAAACGGCUAGAAAUGUUACAGUACCAGGUAAACGUCCAGUCAACCUCCCAAUGUUUUCUUUGCUAUUAAACAUUAACAGGGAAUGCCAUAUGUUUCUGUGUACAGUGGUACCUCAGGUUAAGAACUUAAUUCGUUCUGGAGGUCUAUUCUUAACCUGAAACUGUUCUUAACCUGAAGCACCACUUUAGCUAAUGGGGCCUCCCGCUGCCAGCAUGCAAUUUCUGUUCUCACCCUGAAGCAAAGUUCUUAACCCGAGGUAAUAUUUCUAGGUUAGCGGAGUCUGUAACCUGAAGCGUAUGUAACCUGAAGUGUAUGUAAGCUGAAGCGUAUGUAACCCGAGGUACCACUGUAUUAGACAAGGAUUUUUUGACUCAAAGAUCAUGUAAAAAAACUGGGGUUGUCCAAUACACAGAUAGUGGCAUGGGGGGGGGGGGAGAGAGAAGCGGCGCGCUUGCCGGCCAGCCAGUUGGCGGAAGCGCAACUUCCCCUGAUGCCCCAGCGAGCGGGAAACACUCCCUAGAUUGUUUCCCGCACGCAGCAGCAUGGAGGAAGUUGUGCUCUCACCAACUGGCUGGCUGGGGGGAGCGCAACUUCCCCUGACCUAGGUAGCGUUUCCUGCCCCCGGGGGUGGGGGGAAAAGCUCAACAACUUUGGUCCAUCUCCCCUCAUUUUCUUAAAAUUGAGUCUCUAAAAAUAAGGGGGGGGUCUUAUACCUGGGAGUGUCUUAUAGAUGGAAAAAUACGGUAAAUGGGAAACAAGCUCCUCAAAAUGUGUGUAUCUUCACAGCUUUGUAUGUAAAGUCAACAUACAGAUGUGUACAACCACAGAAACGUAAUUUACGGGAAGCUACAACAAAACAGAGGGACGCGGGUGGCGCUGUGGUCUAAACCACUGAGCCUUGGGCUUGACGAUCGGAAAGUUGGCAGUUCGAAUCCCCGCGACGGCGUGAGCGCCUGUUGCUUGGUCCCUGCUCCUGCCAACCUAGCGGUUUAAAAGCACGUCAAAGUGCAAGUAGAUAAAUAGGUACCGCUCUGGUGGGAAGGAAAACGGUGUUUCCGUGCCCUGCUCUGGUUCACCAGAAGCGGCUUAGUCAUGCUGGCCACAUGAUCUGGAAGCUGUAUGCCGGCUCCCUCGGCCAAUAAAGCGAGAUGAGCGCCGCAACCCCAGAGUCGGCCACGACUGGACCUAAUGGUCAGGGGUCCCUUUACCUUUACCUAAGACAAAACAGCAGUAGUGAAGCAGGUAAAUGCUUCACCCAUGCCUUGCAACACAAGCUCCUUUUUUUUCUUUACAUGAAGGAAAGACAACACAUACAAACUACGUAUAUUUUUCCUCUGUGUUAGAAUCUUUAUUUUUAAAUGCCCUCCCUCUUAAUGUUAGGGUUAGCUGAUUUUUUGCAUUUCCUAGUUUUUUCUGAUAAAGUCCUGAUGAGGCAGGGAUCCAGUGGAGCUUAGCAAAAUGAUAGACAGGGACAAUCAGGCAUCAUUGUGCAGGGCUGAGAAGUGAUGCUUGAGAUGCAGAGUUCACCAGACUAUCUUCUCCAUGCAUUUAAAUUUGCCAAAUCCUAUUUAUAGCAGCUGCCCCUCCUAGAGCCUUGAUACGCUCUGUUUCGAUGGGCAAUGCAUAUUAUGGAUGAACAAACGGAGUGAGACGCCGUUCUCCAAAUGCACCCUUAUUGCGAAAGUGGAUUGGAUGGAUUAGUCUCAGUUGUUGUUCUUUAGUCGUUUAGUCGUGUCCGACUCUUCGUGACCCCCUGGAUCAGAGCACACCAGGCACUCCUGUCUUCCACUGCCUCCCACAGUUUGGUCAAACUCAUGCUGGUAGCUUCGAGAACACUAUCCAACCAUCUCGUCCUCUGUCGUCCCCUUCUCCUUGUGCCCUCCAUCUUUCCCAACAUCAGGGUCUUUUCCAGGGAGUCCUCUCUUCUCAUGAGGUGGCCAAAGUAUUGGAGCCUCAGCUUCAGGAUCUGUCCUUACAGUGAGCACUCAGGGCUGAUUUCCUUCAGAAUGGAUAGGUCUCAGUACUGUUCCCAAAUUCCAUCCUUUUUGGGAGAUGGUACUCCUGUUCAAAAUCUGAGUGAGGUUAUUUUUAUUUAUUUCAUUAAAUUCGUACAGCACUUGAUUGUAAAAAAAAUAAAAAUCUCAAAAGCAGUUUACAAAAGAUAAAACAAGAAAAUCAAGAAAUAUUUACUAUCGUACUUUGAAAAGUUAAAAUGCAAAAACAGAUUGAAAUUAUCAAAUGGGUAUGUAUGGUUCUGGAGGUGGAUUAUGCCCAUAUGGGGGGGAAAGGUGAUGUAUGUGCCAGUCCUCCAUCUGUUUGCAACUCAUCACAAAAUAAAUCCUAUUUGGCCUACUUUGCAUAUAACAGUAAGCCAAAACAUGGCUUAGCAGCAAGGGUCAGCAAACGUUUUCAGCAGGGGGCCGGUCCACUGUCCCUCAGACCUUGUGGGGGGCCAGACUAUAUUUUUUUGGGGGGAAAUGAACGAAUUCCUAUUCCCCACAUAUAACCCAGAGAUGCAUUUUUUUAAAAAGCACACAUUCUACUCAUGUAAAAACACCAGGCAGGCCCCACAAAUAACCCAGAGAUGCAUUUUAAAUAAAAGGACACAUUCUACUCAUGUAAAAACAUGCUGAUUCCCGGACCGUCCGCGGACCAGAUUUAGAAGGCAGUUGGGCCAGAUCCAGCCCCCGGGCCUUAGUUUGCCUACCAAUGGCUUAGCACAACAUGCAUGGGCUCCAUGUGAGGAGAUUGCAGCCUCUUUAACUCCUCCCUGGUCAUUUUGAAACCAUGCUACCCUGAGCCUAAAACCAUGGUUUGGCUUGGAUUUUCAUCCAGAUCAGGGCUCAUGGCUUGACUCUUUCCAGACAAACCGUGAGCUGUAGCCAAGCUUUACCAUAUGGUUGACAACCUGUGGUUUGUCCGGGAGAGCUGAAUCAUGAGUCGGGGGGGGGGGGUGUUUGGCUUUUUGCCUUGGGGCCAAUCUAAACCCCUGGGCAGCAAUGGCAGAACUUAAUGGAGCAUCACACCCCUGCCACUUGCACUAACCAGGUUGGGAGGGCGGGUGGGUGUGGCAACGCAUCUUUACUAUGCUGGUUUCAGAUCCAGGACCUUUCUUUUCCCGCCCCAUUUUCCCUCCAGCAGUAGCUUCCAUCCACCUGUUGGUUGUGAAUAUGCAUUGGAGCAUUCACUGCUCUGACUCCCCAAUGGGCAGCAGCCACUCAGACCAGCCAAUGAAAGCUGGUUCAUCUGCUGUGUAGGGGCAGAUGGAGGGAAACCUCUGUUUCUUCCAAAUCUUUAGUAUGGUGGAUCAAGUUACAGUGGACCCUCCGGAUACGAACUUAAUUCGUUCCGGGAGUCCUUACAUACCCUGAAAAGUCCGCAACACGAGGCGCCGCUUCUGCGCACGUGUGUGGCGUAAUAGAGCGCUUCUAUGCGCAGCACGCAGAGUGCUUCUGCGCAUGUGCAAAGCACGCAGAGCACUUUUGUGCAUGCAUGCACGGCGAAACUCGGAAGUAUACACACUUCCGGGUUUGACGCGUUCACAACCCGAAAGUUACGUUAUCUGAAGGUAACAUAACCCAAGGGACUACUGUAUUAUUUUUAUUAUUAUUGGCCCAUAUGUAAUGCGCUUUGAAUGCACUUAAUUUCGUAACAUAGUCAAAAUGCUUCCAUUGCAUUCAGUGACUUUUCUUCCGAAUUGCUUUUGUCAACAAGCUGUUUCUUCAGUUACCAUUCCGAUAAGUAAGAAAUGUCUUCCUUCCGUCUUUUAGAUUGAAGCGCACUUGGAUACCCUUAUAAAUGAGCAAGCUUCCUAUGUAUUGAAUAGAGUGGGCCUGACUUACAUCUAUAACAUUGUACAGCAGCACAAACCAGAGCAGGUAAGCAAUAAUUUUGGGGAGAAAUGCGUAUAGUCCACUUCUGUUCCAAACUGUGAGUAAAUAAAACUGUUGUGGUGCAGUUAAGAUGUAAUCUGAUUUAUGUGUCAAGGGUAGUGAUGUUAAAUUCUCGACAAUAAUCUUUUGGAGAAUAUUCUCGAUUAAUGAGAAUAUUAGAGAAAUUUCAUUUAAAAUGUUCAGAUGGCAACCAAAAACGGUACAGAUACUUUAAUUCAAUGGGGCAAUGCAGUGAAUUCACAUCUUUGAUUUUUUGCCCCAAACUUGAAAAUUCAACGUGAAUGACUCACGUUAAUCACUAAGCCUGCCGCUAACCGUAUAUUUACCAUCAACUUUGAAUUCUAAUUAUGUUGAGUACGUGUGAAAUGUAGCUUUUAAAGGAACAUAAAAACAACCUCAGGUCCGCUACAUGAGUACGUUCUUUAAUAAGCAUAUCUACAAUGAGAAUAAGGUCACACCAAAAUAGAAAAAAGGCUAUUACAUAUAGUUCAAAUACAUACGAAUUCAAAUGUUCAUCAAAUUAAAUGAAUAGCAUUUUUUAAACUUAAAAAAAAAAAAGUUUUCUGUAGCUCACAUUUCAGAACUGGCAAUGGUGAAUGACACAAUGCCCAGUAAUGUAACUGGAUCAACAAAAUCAUUAUUCAUUACUUACACUGGCAAUAUCACAGCUUGACUUAUUAUUUACUAGAUUUUUUAAAUUUUGGUUGUAAAACUGAUUCUUACAUUAGAAUUUACAGUUUGUGGAGAGAAUUCUCCGGAGAAUUUUCUAGCAGAAAAUAUUCUCGAGAAUAUUCUCAUGCUUAAUUUUUAGGGAGAGAGAGUGUGUCUAAUGUAUGUAAUCCGGAACACUCAUGCACACAAAAUCAGUACAAGAUACAUCACAUGGGUACUCUGAUCAACUGAUUAAAUACGCUGAAUUGCAAAUACACAUUUACUGUAUCUGGAUGAGAACCAAAGUGCUACUUUGGGCUUUUGGGCAUCAUUUUCCUCCCCAAGCCCUUUGAACAGCAGAAAAGCUACUAUUGAAAGCCCCCUCAGUUUCAAAAGGGGCUUGCUGUGUGGCACAGAGGUGCCUUUUCUUGAGAUACACAUACCAACGGCACUCCUUAACAGUGAUGGUUAAAUAUUUAUUUAUUUGCUUAUCAUUGCUGUGUUUUUAGGGUCCCUUGGCAAAUGUACCCAGUAUGGAUUCCAUGUCAUUAAAAGCUGCAAUGGUAAGAUACUGGAAUUUAAUUUGUAGCUGUAUUUGUUUUUUUUAGGUGGGGGGAAGUAAUUAUUAAAUAGAAACCAGGGCAGGAGGAGGCGGGGGUAAACAAGGAAGCAAUGUAUCCUUUUUUCCAAUGACAUGUGCUUUGGCUCAGUUAGGGUAUGGGGAUGAUAGGGGUAUCUUCAUAGUCUCAAGAAAGUUUAGAACUGAAUGACUUGCCUCUCUUCUAGCUGUUCCACUCCAAAUCAAUAAAUGGGGCUGUGAAUGAACCUUGAAGUAUGCCCUCCUUAUUAUUUUUUUGCAAAAGUUGAGCCAAAUUGUGCAUUCGCUUUGGUUUUAUUUUGAUGUUUUUCAGAACAAUAUUUUCGUUGUGCUAAGAGGCCUGAUACACAGCAACAUUGCAUGAAAAUUAAACUAUCCCAUAAAGUUUUAAUGAGACACCACGUUGGUGCAGAUAACCGAAAAGAAUGUUGGCUGUUUAUUUUUGUGGUCUUUUUGACACAAACCCUUAGCACAGAAAAUUGCUUUGACUAAAAUGAGCAUAUUCAGUGGUAUCUUAUGUAUCUUAUGUAAGGCCAUGUAAGAAAGAUACCGUAUUUUUUGAUCUAUAAGACGCACCAGACCAUAAGACGCACCUAGUUUUUGGAGGAGGAAAACAAGAAAAAAAAUAUUCUGAAUCUCAGAAGCCAGAACAACAAGAGGGAUCGUUGCACAGCGAUCCCUCUUGCUGUUCUGGCUUCUGGGAUAGCUGCGCAGCCUGCAUUCACUCCAUAAGACGCACACACAUUCCCCCUUACUUUUUAGGAGGGAAAAAGUGAGUCUUAUAGAGCAAAAAAUACGGUACUCAGCAAAUUCUAUUCUGGUGUAAGGUUCUGUUGUAUCAUUUUGAAAUAUGUCCAAAAGUUGUUUCUAGUAAUUGAUAACGGUGGCAUUGGUUUAAUUUGAGCAGCUGAAAUAGAUCAGGCUUCCUCAACCUCAGCCCUCCAGAUGUUGUAGGCCAAAAACGAUCCCUAGAUAGCAGAACCAGUGGUCAGGGAUGAUGGGAAUUGUAGUCUCAAAACAUCUGGCGGGCCGAGGUUGAGGAAGCCUCUAAAUAGAUGAUAGACUUGCACACACAGGCAUUAAGAGUUAGGGUUAAGGAGCAGGGGAGAAGCAGACACAAGGAAGAGGGGCUCCUGACAGGGAGGACAGGCUAGGAUACACAACCCUGCUUCCCAUCCUCUUGUGCAUGACUAGCCCUCAAACUCAGACCUCCAUCAUAGAUGGAAAUCAAGUGGAGCAGGUAGCCGUCUCCAGCUGCCCAUAGUCCCAUCCUCUUUGCUUCCCUUCUCCUUUGGUGCCAAAUUUAGACACAGAGCUCAACGCAUCACUCUGAAACACCUCAGGGCUUCUCCCAACCCCUGUAAAUAAAGGUUUGUGGUGGGGUCUGGUUUUCAUAAGGAUCACAGCAGGCAGGGAGGAGAAGGUCAACCACCCCAGCCACAGCCAUUAGUUCCACUAUGAAGCUUCUCUUUUGAUUUCAGAAAAAUUGGGUGAGAUGCUUAGUGCCUAAUGCCUGUUCUUCUUCUGUUUGCGUUAGGUCCAGUUUGAUCGUUAUUUGUCGGCUCCCGAUGGGCUGCUAAUGCCACAGAUAAACUUUCUUCUAAGUACUACUGUGAAGUAAGCGUUUUGGCUUUGGGUUUGAUUCUUCGGUUGUAGUUUCUGAUCCAAAUCAGUUGGUCCCUUACCUUUCCCGCCCCGACAAGGCCACAGUGAUCCAUGCGACGGUCAUCUCCAGGCUUGACUACUGUAAUUCGCUCUACGCGGGGCUGCCCUUGAAGCUGCCCCAGAAACUCCAGCGGGUGCAGAAUGCUGCAGCGAGGCUCCUCACGGGGUCUCUGCCAUGGGAGCAUAUUCACCCAGUUCUUUUCUUGCUGCACUGGCUCCCGGUGGAGUACAGGGUCAGAUUUAAGGUGCUGGUUUUGACCUUUAAAGCCCUUCACGGCCUAGGACCCUCGUACCUACAGGACCGCCUCUCCCGGUAUGCCCCACGGAGGACCUUAAGGUCCAUAAAUAGCAACACCCUAGUGGUCCUGGGCCUUAAAGAAGUUAGAUUAACCUCAACCAGAGCCAGGGCUUUUUCGACACUGGCUCCAGCCUGGUGGAACACUCUGCCUCAUGAGACCAGGACCCUGCAGGAUCUGAUUUCUUUCCGCAGGGCCUGUAAGACAGAGUUAUUCCGCCUGGCCUUUGGCUUAGAAUCAAUUUGAUUCUCUCUCCUCCUUUCUUUUUUUCCUUUCUCCUCCUGUGAUGAGGCUGCAUUUUAAUGUUUUAAUGUUUGACAACCGAGGCACGGCUUGCAAUUGGUUGCAGGAGCUUCCUGCACUCAGCGGAAGCUGCAUCAGACGUUCAGCUUCCAAAAAACAUUCAAAAACCGGAACACUUACUUCCGGAUUUGCGGCAUUCGGGAGCCAAAACGUUCCGAAAUGGAGGCGUUCGGGAUCCGAGGUUUAACUGUACUAAUUUCUGCAAAGGUGCAGAAGUAUGCAAAUUUUGUUCUCAACACUGUGUUUUUGUUUUGUUUUAGACAGCAGAUAAUAAAACUGUCCACGGAACUAGUCUGCAGAGCCUAUAGCGAAGUAUAUUCAGCUGUAAUGAAUCCAGACAAUGGCUAUAAAGAUCCAGAAACAAUAUUGCCCAGAUCUCCUCAUCAGGUUCAAGUACUUCUCUCCUAACCUUAGCCAAAAUGGAGUUUCUCACUGUUUAAGGUCAGAAUAUUUUCAUGCAAGUACAAGAUAGGCAAUGGCUAUUUCUUUCUGUUCUUGAAAUCUUGGUGGAAGUUUGGGUGGAUGUAUGCUUGGGCUACAGCUGUGUACAAAGUUAGUCUGAUGAGAUCCCAUUGACUUGAAUGGGAUUUCUGCUGCCUUACUAUGUGCAGUACUGUAGACAUAGUGGUAGACAGAGGCAAGAGGAAUUUUCAGAUACUAAAUUAUUUUCAUGUUGUUAUAAACAUGAAAAGGGCUUCUUUGGGAAAGAAAGAAAAUCCUCGUUAAUUUUUUUUUUUUUUAUGAUAAAUUCUGUACACCCAAAAAGUUUCCAAGUUCUAGUGACUUAGUCAAUAUUGGGUUUUGUUCCACCAUUCUUCCGCUAACAGUUUGGAGGAAGAGAUACCAGCGUUGCGAACAAAGGGAGACGGUUUGGAUUGGAUAAGGGACGAAUGUGUGGGUGCUUCGAUGCAUUGCUUUCUGUCGUGGAUACUCUUAGCAAAAAUAAAAACCCAAGUCUAAUCUUUGAAGAUAUAAUUUAUAUCACUGGCCAAAUACUAUUAGGUUUUUGCCAUGUAUCCGUUACCCAGUUGAUGGUUGCCUGGGAGUAAGUCCUGUUGAACGCAGUGGAACUCACUGCACUGUUAAUAAUGUAAGCAAGCCGUGCUCCAUCAGAUCCACAUUGGUCUGUGACACCUCAUGAUAUCCACAUUGGUGACUAUUGCACCGUGGAGAAUCAGGAAAGUGUGUAUACAAACCUGACUUUAAGAAACCUGAAACUUAACCUGCCUGGUAAAUACCAUUCCCCUGAGGGUACGUGUCUUUUUAGUUUGGUGUUUGUACUGAUUGGAAAAAGUGAAUAAAAACAACAACACCAUUCCCCUGAGGGUCUUUCAUUGAUCAUUUUAUAGAAUCAUAGAUUUGUAGAGUUGGAAGGGACCCCAAGAGUAAUCUAGUCCAGCCCCCUGCAAUAAUUAUUCUUGAUCCUCUUGGUUGUAGUCAGAGCCGUCUUUCCCAUAGGGCUUAGUGGUGCGUUGCGCCAGGGCGCCGGCCUCUCAGGGGCACCCCAGCCAGUGGGGGAGCUGCGCAGCUUUGCCGGCGGCUUCCCCUUUCCCUGCACGCCUGCCAGCUGCGCCCUGUCAACCAUAUGGCUGGCAGGCAUGCAACUUGCCUCCCAAGCCUCAGCGGGAGGAGAGCGAUCCCUGCAGAGGCUUAGGAUGGAAGCUGUGCCCUGCCAGCUAUAUGACUGGCAGGCACACAGUUUCCCUCCCAAGCCUCUGUGGGGAUUGCUGUCUUGCAGAGGCAUGGGGGAGAGUUGUGGCCCCCCCAUGGCCGGCAGUGCGCAGCUUCGCGCCCCCCCAUCUGUGGUAAUUUGGGGCGCUGGGCGGAUAUUUGCACCCCAGCGCCGCAUCUGCUAAAGAUGGCUCUAGUUGCAGUCCUGUACACAAUUACCUGGGGGUAUGGUCCUGCUGAACUCAUUGGGGCUUGCUUCAAAGUAGCCAUGCAUAGAAUUGUACUGUUAAUAUCAAUUACGUUUCUAGGGUUGUUGAACACAGAGAAAUCUGCAGUUGGUAUUUUAAUUUAAUUUAUGGGUUGGGUAUUUCCAGUUGUCUUUAAACCUGAUCAAAUGAACUAACAAAUGUUUCAUGCACCGGAUCAAUGAUUAAAGUAAAUAAAACACAUAA